CCACGCAGGGCCUCAGAGUGCCUACUGAUGGUGUUGAUGAACUUCUCUCUUUGGCUCCGAGCCACAACCCUCUGCUGGACGUUGGACUUCAGUUUUACAACUUGUUCGCUGUGCUUGUCUUUCCUGAUGACAGAGAUGUCCAGCUAUUGGCCGAGACCAAGAGGGCACGUCAUCUCCAUCAAUCAGGGAACCGCGUUUCUCCACUGAGCAAUGUCCCCACGGUGGUCCACGCGUUACUGGGACGCAUGAGAGGCCGUGCAUGAAGUGCAACCCCGUCCAAUGAUUAUGCGGGGGGAGAGGUGAUAAUGAGCACCUAUCAAGGGGAGAACAGUUCUCUGUUCACGGGCUGCUGCCGAGCAAAAGAGGUCAUAACGCGGGACAGGGGCUGCAGGACUCAUCCUGAACUCUGCAUCCGUGAGGACGGGACCCCGCGGGGGGAAGUUGCCUCGAGAUUUUUUCUCUUCGACAGCAACGCUUUGACUCUGUGCACCACUCCAGCCAGCCCUCCACGACCGCGCGAGACUCUGGGCUCCUUGCCCCACUCGUCUCGUGUCCCCCGGCGGUGCAGGACGCAGGGGCAGAGCUCUCCAGGGCGCACGAGCCGCGGCGCGUCAAAUAACUACAACAGCGAGGCGCGUUCCGGUUUUGGGUCACUUGCAGAGCAAAUUCAAAACUGCUCUGGUAAUAGCCACGCCGCCGUGGGAGGAUCAGCCAGUUGUGACAUAAAUGGCAUGGAUGAACGGAGUGAAACUUUUGAGUGGAUGAAAGUGAAGAGGAGUCAGCACCGCGCGGCCAGGACGCACAUGUCCUGUGAUCUGGGUGUAGGCGGCCUCGGACUGUGCCACGCGGGGACCGGGACCCCGCGGAUCACCUUCAGCACCAAACAGCUGACCGAACUGGAGAAGGAGUUCCACUUCAACAAGUACCUGACGCGCACCAGGAGGAUGGAGAUCGCGUGCGCCCUGCGCCUCAGCGAGACGCAGGUGAAAGUUUGGUUUCAGAACAGACGCACGAAGCAGAAGAAACUGCGGAGAGACGGACUGCUCGGCGGCGGCGGGCCCGCCGUGCCACCGCCGCGUCGUGCGCACGCACGGGCUCGCCAAAAAUACACCUGAUCGCCUCGUGCUGCUGCUGCAGAUGCAGAUGUUUUGGCUGUCGUUUGCAUCGAUUCCACCCAGACUGCGCCUUUAUUUGCUUUGCGCGACGGAUCCUUGUCGCAAACAAUGGAAAGUUUCUUCAUGCAAGAAUGAGUCAGAACAAUCUGUCAUCCUGCCCGGCUUCAGACAGGCUCCGAGCAGCGUCUCAUUUGAAUAUUAAAAUCCAUUCUGUUGCGCUGCUAUCAACACAAUGUAAACGAAGAAACAAAACUCUUUUAAUUGGCCAUGAAAACUGUGACGGUUCGUGUGUUUAUUUCUUUUGCGCAAUUUCUUCAACUGAAGUCACUCGAACACAUUUAUUCUGCGGUUAACGUGACCCCGCAUUUCAAAACAAACAAACAAAAA